UGAAAGCAAACUUUCCAAAAUCAAUAACUUCUUCACAGUCAAUCAUGAAAUGGUCCAAUUUUUAUUAUAGUGUGAUACAGUUAAUGGAAAAGACAAUCAAGAUCAAACUUGUCCAAUAAUUAGACUGAAUCAAUUGACGUUAAAUUGUGAACUUUUUUAAGUGAACCAAUAUUUUUCAAUUAAAUGGGAAUGCAAAUGUCAAAAAUUCAAGCCCAUUAUAACCACUUGUUCAAUAUCAACCAUCAUUAUCAUCACCAUUCACAAUCGUUUCGCUUCCUUUGUCCUAAAGAUUCCUCAUCUUCACUUGUCUUUAAUAUUUUGUCUCAAUUGUCCCGAUCAUCAGUCAACUGCCAAUCUAACGUUAACUAAUCACGUAAACCAUUUCUACUAUUUUAGGGUAUAGUUCAAUGGUUCAUGCGUCUCCUCCUCAUCAUCAUUAUCAACUUUAUACCCUUUCUAAUAAUGAUGAAUAAUGAGAAGCUCACAAUCUUCAAUUUCAUUGUCUAACAAACUCUUUAUCUUCAUCUUUCAACCUUAACCUUUCAGUCAUCAUAAUCUUUCCCACCGUCCAUUUAUUUCUAACAAAUCUUCAACUUCAUACACUUAAAUAAUGUCUGUUUCCCUGAAUUUAACCAUGGUUUCGGUAAUAAUUGUUUUACUUACAUUGACUUAUUGUACUUCGAUGGUCAACUCAUUUCCAGAGACAGCCAAGUUAUCGACUAUUAAAAAAGCCUCAUCCAAAUAUGGGACUAGCCGCUCUGGAUUUGAUAGUUGCUACUCUAAAGGAGUCAUGUAUUCUCAUGGAUCUAACUUGACCCGUUCAGAUGAUCCAUGUGAGAAGUGUUUCUGUUAUAAAGGAUCGAUCCUUUGCUGGAAUAUCAACUGUCCACAAUCAUUGGGUCGUCAAGGAUGUAAAGAGAUAAAAAUUAAAGACCUUUGUUGUCCGAUACUGGAAUGCCCUUUAGCUGCCAAAGACGCUGCGGUAAAAGAUUUAACUGGACGCCAGCCUCGUUUAACCUCUGAUUCGUCUUUAUCCUUGCCAUCUUUAGGAUUAUCAAGUAUUACUAAAGAAGUUACCUGUAAAUAUGGACAGGAAAUAUAUAGACCCGGUCAAAGAAUAACAAUUAAUCCGCUCAAACCUUGUCAAAGAUGUGUCUGUGGACUUGAGGGAAAAGUUAAAUGUGAAUUGUUGUCAACAUGUAAAGAGGAGAGAGAUAAAGAAUCACAAGCUUCAAGUCCUAAACACGAAGCUGAUUCGGAAGAAUCGACAGAAAAUCAAGUAUCAAGUUUUAGUACACGAACAAUUCCUGAUGCAGUUUUGAAGAGAGUGCAAAAUUUACUUCACAAAGUAUCCACACAUAAUUUAACAUCAAUCAAUCCCAAUGAUUUAAAUUGACUAUAAUUUACUAAAAGUAUCUUCAUCGUUCUGCUUACCCUGGACUGCCCAUAAAUUCCGGAAUAAAAUUGGAUAAUUUGACCGCAGAGAGUGGCAAAGAUACCACAUAAAACAAUAGCAAGCUUAUAAAGGGACGGCAUUGGCGUGAAGAAGACGAGAAACAUGACAAACGUGUUGGCAAAAAAGGUGCACAUGAACAUGAGACCAUUUCGAAGUCCAUAAAAUCGAUAACUUUGUAUGAAUUCCUGAUAAUGAUCGGUUAAAUGGAUCAAAGUCAAUCGUAUCUGUCUGCUCGGCAAUCUAAUGCUAUCCAGACUAAAGUUAUGUUGGUUGAGUAAAUAUUUUUCGGGUAUUAAAAUUUUGGCCAAUUCCGAUGAAAGAUGAGUCAAAUAAUUGGACCAGACGUGCACAUAAAGAGCAUAGAGCAUAAUAAAAUUGACUGUUGUUGAACUAGCAAUAAAAGCGGCCCAACUAUGGAGUAAAGCGUGAAUGAACAUUGGUAGAAUGAAGCGUCUUGGUGCUGAAAUGACUGCUGGUAGGUUUGCAAGAAAAAGGAAACCAACGGCUAAAGCAUAACAAUUUAACUUGAUUUGCCGGUAAAACAGUUUCACAAUGGUAUGGAAAGAGCCCCAAUUUUUGUAUUGACCAGUCUUUAAUACCUCACCAAUACAAAGCCAUAUGUAUUUAUCAGUCGAUGAGCCGGCUAAUUGUACCAAAAAUAUGCUGUAUUGAAGGAUACAACCUGCUAACCAAUCAAAAAGUAAAAGUAGCAAAAAGGAACGAGCUUCUUCCAGGUGGAAUGUUGGGUCACCCAUGAGAAAAUUCAAAUCGGAAUACGAUUCAGUAUCGUAAAGAACAAGGCAUUUGGCGGUGACUACAGUCAAAUUGAACAAUGAAAGGGUUGAAAUGAGGAACAUCUUGAGGUUAAAGGGAACAUCCAAAUAUGGAGAGUAAAGCAAUUGUGAUCGAAAUAGCGCAUCCAUUGUUUUAUGGUACUUUGUUGCGCGAAGCAAACGAUUUUGAUGUAAAAUUCUGGAUAGUGAAACCAUCUUUUCCUUUGAUUCAAAGAUUCAUCUAAAACUUGGUUUGAAGCCGACAAACUAAACUGUAUCAUUUGACUUUAACAAUCCAAAACUCUGGACUGAUGCACGAUCUACAUAAUUUAAAAAUGUAAAUAAUCGUGUCAUGUUAUUAGAGAUAUAAUGAACAGUAAGCAAAUAAAACAAAAUAGAGAUGGUUAAAUAUUGAGGCACGGUAUUCCAAAAUGUAAUACAUGAAUUUAGAUAUGAUUAAUCAUUGAUUUUUGAUCUAAAAGUAA